UGCGACAUUAAUAGAAUUUAUUGUUUAAAAAAAGAUGAAAAAUCUCUUCCAGAAAAAAAAAAAAAAAAAAAAAAAAAAAGCAAAAAAAAAAAAAACGGCAAGAUAACUCCAACUAAUCCCAAACACCAUUCAACGACUCACAACCGGUCUUUGUUGACCCACCCAUUUGGACGGCCCAGAUCGUUCUCUUUCCAAGCUGAUCAAGUUGCCUACAAUCCGGCAAUCGGAGAUAACCAGACCACCUCGCAAUACAGCUCCACUCACCAAACCUCAACCGAAUGGAACCUAAUCCUAAAUAACAGCCAAAUCCCUAACCACCCCCACCCCUUAAUCCUCAGUCAUGCCCUCCGCCGGAGACCACCACCGUUCCGCCACCCUCGCCGCCGGUGUUUCCGGCGAUGGGAGCGACGAAGCCACCGACAGCGAGGACUUGGGAGCCUUCGACCGGAAUCGGCGGUGGUCCUCCAGUUCCGGUGGAUCAGAGGAGUCACGCCGUAUGUUCCAGAAGCUCUGGACUGACGCCGACGAGAUGAAAGUUCUGCAGGGAUUCUAUGAGUUCACGUCCAGGAGGGGGACUACUCACGCCAACUACCAGCACGACACCGGGCCCUUCUUCGACGACAUCAGGACCAGGCUGCAGUUCCAGUUCAACAAGAACCAGAUCGUCGAGAAGCUUCGCCGCCUCAAGAAAAAGUAUCGCAACGCCGUUGCCCGGAUCGGAUCUGGAAAAGGUUCCGUCUUUAAAAGCCCCCACGAUCGGGCCACCUACGAAAUUUCCCGCAAGAUAUGGAGCUCAACCUGGAAGCGCAAGCCCAGAAAUCCGCCGCACUCGGAGACCCCCCUGACCUAUCCUGAUCAGACCCUCGCCGUUUCCUGCGGAUCGGAAAGCGCGGUUGUCCAGGUAGCCGUUGCAGAGAGUUCCGCUCGGGUUCCGCAUGGCAUCCCCAUCCUCGUUUCUUCCCUGUCCGGGCCGCCGCAGCCGACGCACUCCCCGCCACCACCGCCACUACAGGCGCCUGCUACGAAGACAGGACAUACUGUUGAAGAGGACGCGCUGAGAAUCUGUUUGGCCCCGCUGUUUAAGGAACUCCUGCAGUCCGCCUUAGAUGGCGCUACUACAGCUGGGGCGGUGGCCCCUCCAUUGUGGGUGCUGACGGCCUUAACUGCUGCGGAAGCUUCGGGUAAGAAGGAUGAGAGGUGGCGGCUGCAGCAGAUUCUUGAGCUGGAGCUGUACUUGAAAAGGUUGGAGCUUGUCGAGGAGAGUGUAAGGUCGGCGCUGGAAAAGCUUAGAUCAAUGGGUAGCUGACUUCCAAGCAUAAACCCUAGACAGCGGAAUACUUUUCUUUCUCUGUGUUAGAAAACGUGAAGUCCUUUUGGAGCAGUUACUCUUUGUCCAUUUCCGUUUCUAAAUCUGUUUUACAUGAUCCAGGAAUCAGAAAAAUAGAAGACAGAAAUUGAGAGGAGAUGUGUAAAUGGUUUCUAACUUUUAUACCUGUGACUAAAUCCUUAUUUGAUUCUGUUCUUCUUGUUUAGUUCGAGCGAGCGAACCACAGACUCCUUGGAUAGUCACAGUUUGAUUCAAUGAUAAACUAAACGGAAAUUUACAUAGUUAGCACUC